CUUCUUCUUCGUCUUUUUUUUCUUGUUGACCUCCUAAUGACGAGCAAAGAACAUCACGCGUCCCUACGAGACAUGCCCGUUUCGUCCCGAAGAGGAGACACGAAACAGUACGUUCUGAGAGCAGUAAUGAGUCCAAACCUCGAGAAACUUCCCCCGAACCAUCCAACUGAGUUUUUCUGAUCAUUGCUGAGAAUCUGAGAUGACAAAGAAACAAGAUAGGCCUGCACGCACACGACGAAAUGACCAUUUUGGGCCCGCCCGCAGCUCCCCCCUUUUAAGCUCGCACCACCACCCUCGUCAGAACAGUGAGAUAGAUGCUCCGGGAACCCCUCAAAUGAAAAGCCGGAUUUCAUCCUCCCCCGACGACGACGACCAUGCCGCCUACCUCUGGUGGCGGUCGGCGGCGGGGUACGAGGAGUGCCAGAUGCUCGCCGGGCGGCCGGAUGCGGCGGCGAGCGUCGCGAGCGGGCUGAGCCCGAGGGUGAGGGUGCUGAGGGAGAUGGAGCGGCUGGCGCUGGUGGCGCCGGAGGGGCUCGACGAGGUGAGGCAGAAGCUGUUCGCGUACCGGGCCGGCGACUUCUGGGUGCCGACGGGGGGGCUGAGCAAGGAGGAGAUGGACAUCCCGGCCACCAACACGGUGCUCCUUGCGGGGUUCGCCGGCUCCGGCAAGAGCUCGCUCGUCAAUCUCAUGUACAGCGUGUUGGGCCGGGCCGGGCUUAUCCCGUUCGCUCAGACUUCGUGUGGGAAAUCUUCCAGCUACACGACGAUGUAUCUCGAAGAGCACAAUGUCGUGAGGUCGAUGCGGAGCGGCUUCUGCGUCUACGACUCGAGAGGCUUCGACUACAGCCAGGUCGAUGAGGCCUUGGAGGAGCUGUCCGAUUGGAUGAGCCAAGGCGUUCACCACAACCAGCUCUGCUCAAGGCCGGGUGAUCGAGCUUUCUCAGAGGACGAAUCUGAGUUCUGCCCGUCGAGGUCUUCUUCCAAGUUUGUGAAGAGGAGAGUGAAUUGCGUCGUGGUGGUCGUUAACAUAGCCGAGGUCUACAAAGCGAUGAAAGCCGGGGAUUUCGAGCCGUUGAGAGCGACCAAAGAGCUGUUCUCAGCUCCUGCUUUGAGAAAAUGCAAUGAGAGUCCUCUCUUGACCCUGACGCACGGCGAUUUGUUAACAACCGAGGAGAGGAUCGAGGCCCGUCUCAAGAUAUGCGAAAGCCUCGGCAUACCGGAGGCGAGCGGUGUCUACGACAUCGUGUGCCUCACCGAGUACGGCUUUCUCGCAGAAGAAGCAGACCCCGUCACGGCCUAUUCUCUGGCCGAAGUCGUUUACCGGGCGUUGCUAAUUUCGGACAGAGGUCACGUUCCUAAGAACAACUUCCGGGACUGGGCGUGCGCAGCGUUCUCGUGCCUGAUGUGGAUCUUCGGUGCCUUGUUCGGUUUCCUAGCCGUUGUGUGCAAUAAACUCGGUCAGCGGCGAAAAGGGUUUAGGAUUUGAAGCACUGGCAUGAGCUUUGUUGAUUCAUUCUCAGGCUAGAGAUGUAGGAUUUAGCUGUGCUGACAGUUGACGCUAACUGAGGUAGUUUGGUGUACCUAGCUGACUACUGUGUCUUCCUUCCUUCUGUUUUUUGUCUCCCUUGUGAUUGUGAUGGAGAUGAGAAUGUGCUAAUAAUUUCCCCGAAAGAGUCCUGUAUUUGCACAAAGGCGUUGAAUCUGAAUAAGGCUUUAAGAAAAGUUAUUAAGCGAGCCGGCGCAUGCACUCGAUGA